UAUGCUGUGGUUUCACGCAGAUGUGUGGAAUCAAAUAGUAGUGGACGCCAUUUUAACUUCAGUUUUGAUGUGUUUUGGUGAUGAUUUGAAAUAAUUCAUAAAAUGACUCAGUUUCUACCACCAAAUUUAUUGGCUCUAUUUGCUCCGCGCGAUCCAAUUCCAUACUUACCACCAGUAUCUAAAUUACCACAUGAAAAAAAAUCUAGGGGAUAUUUAGGCGUUGGAUCAUUUUUGAAAGGAUUUGAGGAUCCCAAAGAUACUCCUCCUCCAACAAGAGUAGAAACUAGAGAAGAAAGAAUAGAAAGAAGGCGAAGGGAAAGAGCUGAACAAGUGGCCUACAAAUUAGAGCAGGAAAUAGCUGUUUGGGACCCAUCAUCAGCAGAAAAUAUUACUGGAGAUCCUUUCAAAACCCUAUUUGUUGCCAGAAUUAACUAUGAUACUUCAGAAUCCAAGCUAAGAAGAGAGUUUGAAGUUUAUGGUCCAAUAAAAAAGAUAGUUUUAAUCCACAAUAGUGUAAAUGGAAAACCCAGGGGGUAUGCUUUUAUUGAAUAUGAACAUGAAAGAGAUAUGCACUCUGCUUACAAACAUGCUGAUGGGAAGAAAAUCGAUGGUCGUCGUGUUUUGGUUGACGUAGAACGUGCCAGAACAGUAAAAGGAUGGCUGCCAAGAAAAUUAGGUGGAGGGCUAGGUGGUACCCGUCGUGGUGGACCCGACGUAAACAUAAAACACUCAGGUCGCGAAGACAACGAGCGUGAACGCGAGCGAUAUAGGGUGGAACGGGAGAGGGAGGAAAGAGGUUUGGGUGCUGGGGGACGGGGAGAUAGAAGCGAUAGAGAACGGGACCGGGCCAGGGAACGACCGGAUAUUGAACGUAGGCGCUCAAGAUCGCGCGAAAGAAGACGACGCAGCAGAUCAAGAUCACCACGCAGAGAGAAGAGACGAAGAAGCAAAGAAAAAGUUCGCACUGAAGAACUUGAUGAAUCCUUUGAAGGUAGACCUAGAGAAAAGGAAAGAGACAGGGAAAGAGAUCGCGAAAGGGACCGAAAGCGGAGACGAUCCAGAUCCAGAGAUAAGGACCGUAGUGAAAGGAAACGUGAAAGAAGAGAAAGAAGGGAAAGAGAACGCGGCGAACGUUUGGAAUAUAUUAAAACUGACGAUGGUGGAGAAAUUAGAAUCAAGGAGGAACCCAUUGAUGAUUAUCCAGACUAUCCUUCAUUUUUACCUCAAAAUUAUGACGCAUCAGCAGUUAAGUAUGAAGAAGAAGAUGAACAAAAGUAUGAACCAGAUAAUACAAAUGGCGACAAUAGGCAUUAUGAAGACGAGUAUGAAGAGGGAGAAGCUUAUUAAUGUAAGGUUUUAUUUUAAUUGGUUAGUAUUAAAGUAUCAAUGUUUACAACUUAAAAUUUGUGUUUCACAAUCAAUAAUUUCAAUUUUGAAUAUUUAAGGUAAGAUAUUAAUGUAAUUGUAUGUUGUGUUAUGCUAAUUUUAUUGUUCAUAGAAUUAAUUUAUUUUUGGUAAUUUUAUUUCAUAUCCUUAUUAGUAUAAAAUAGCGUUAC